AUGGGGUUCACUCUCCUUCCAUCCCUCGCUAUUCUCUGCAGCGUUGCUUUCGCUACUCCAUAUAGUGCUGGCAGUGGCAAUCUGAUUCCUGAUGGUGUCAAUACCGCCGGCUCUACGCUUCUGUCCGCUGGCGCAAUGCUUGUCAUUGGAGAUCUGUCGUACACAGUGGCAGCGGCUCUCCAGGGUGUGGGUAUCCCAGCAGAAGCUGACAGUCAAUGUCUUUCAGACCUCGGUUUGGGAAAUCUGAAUUCGCUUCUUAAGCGAUAUGACGCUUUGAUCAAAGUCAUCGUGGCUGAUAUGGAGUUCACAGUUCGCCACCAGAUGUCCAGGACGAUAUUCUCGCACAUGCGAAGAGGGAUUCUAUCUCUGAUGAUAUUGACGACUUCAAGUUAUGGAAUUCGCGCUCCCGCCCGCCCAGCGACUCCAGCUGCUCUCAUUCCACUCCGGCUACGCUCAGUCCAGCCUAACAUCGUGUCGGCAAUCAGUAGCCUUGGCACAGACGAUGCCAAAGUACCAGGGACGAAAAACCUCAAUCAGGACAUCGAAGAAUUUGUUCAGCGGCGUGGUGUUUCGACUCAAGAUCCGAAUGCGAAGAGUGUCCAGCGGCUCAGUUUCAAAGUGGCUGUCUUCUGGUCGACCACCACCUCCCGCAUGGUGUUUGCAAACCUUCAAAGCUGA